GGGACUGCAAGCUGAACAAGACAGAGACAAUAGCCGGUGACCUGAACACACCUGAACUUUUCUGAACGCGUCUUUUUUUUUCUCUCUCAUCAGAAAUAACAGGCAUCGUGAACAGGGAUAACAAUAAUAAUCAACUUCUCCCAACCAUCUUUGUCAUCAUGGAGCAGUGAAAGUGUGCUGUAGAUAUGGCCCCAGGGGGGAAUGUAAGCGUGUGACUGCGGAGAAUUGACGCCCUGCCUGCAUCCAGAUGUUUCAUGUUUCCCUUGCGCGCUCUUUGGAAAGGAAUCUUAAAAAGUUCAUGUCACCGGAUCGGGUUAACAAGACGAUGAACACCAUGCUUUCUGUGUAACCUUUUUGGUUUUUCAAACCAGGCUGUGUUUCUGUUUUCUUUUUUCUUUUUUUUCGUCUGGAGAAUGGAGAGCGGCAAAGUGAGGACGCUCAUGCUGCUGGAGGUAUAUUUGCUCUGGCUCUUUGCGCUGUCUGUGCAGGGCCACUCCAGUCCAAAUCACGACAAUGUGAUUGACCUUCUGGCGGCUCUGAACAUGUCCCAGCACAGAAGCGGUGUGUCCAGACUGCAGAGUCCCAGCAGCCUGACAUACAGAAUACGUCCAAGAGCACCGUACCUGACUCUUCCUCGUGAAUAUUCCCACUUCUUGUACUCCAACCUUCAAGGGGGCACGGGGGUGCAUUUGGUGGGGCACCAGGCAUUAGGCUCCAGUGCCACACUUUUUUCUCUCUCCUCUGCAUCCUCACCCAUUCUCCAAAUCAUCUCCUCCACCCUCGAUAACACUUUGCGUCUGGACUACCAGGCUGCAGGAGGAGCUCAGGGCCUUGCCAGCUUUUACUUCCCCAGGAGAAACCCCUUCUCCAGGGACGAUUGGGUACAGUUGGCUGUGAGCCUGGAGACUGAUAGACUGGCAUUUUUUGUAGACUGUCAAGAAGCUGUGGUUCUACCCGUAAAAGGCGAAGAGAGAAUCAACCUGGAACUGCCUCAGGAUGUUGUUGUCACUCUUGCAAGCACACCAGGAAAGAAGGACAGCAAAUUUAGUGGAUAUCUGAAGACCGCUGAGAUUUCAAUGAAAGCAUAUCUUAGCCGACCGUGGCGCUGUGACAAUGUUACAGAUGCUCUGCCUCCGUCUCAGCACACAGAUGCCCAUAGCUCAGAUUCUCGGACUGUCAGCAGCCGAACGUUCCAGCGGGAUGCAUCCCCCAGUAAACCUCAAACAAGCCAGAGGCCAACAGACCUAACCAACCAUUAUCACCAGGACGUCCAGAGCGACCAGCUGCAGAGAGGUGUGUUGCUGGGGCCCCCAGGAUCUCCUCAAGGAGUAAAGUCUGUUUCUCAGGCACAGAAAGACAACAGGCUGAAGAAGCUGGAGAAGAGGCUGGAGGAGCUGGCUCAUAUGCUGGACAUGGUCAAAACUCAGAAUGCAGACCUACAGUCACGUGUGCAGUACCUGGAGGGAUGUGAGUGCGUGAGGCAGCGAUGUGUGUGGGAGGGGCGUGAGGUGGAGGAUGGCCAGCACUGGCAGACUGACCUCAACACUGUGUGUACGUGCACGUCUGGAAAGGUCACAUGCCAAGCUAACAUCAAAGGAUACGCGGACACACACCCAGAGGUUCAAAAAUGUGUACACACUCAAACGUCUGUCUCAUCUUCAGGAUGUGAGCUGGAUGGUACAGUUCAUAAUGUGUCCUACAGCAACCUAGAUGGCUGUCAGACAUGUACGUGUAAGGGGGGUAACAGGGAAUGCUACCCCCUACCCUGCCCUGCACUGGACUGCACACAGAGGGAGACUGUGCCUGGAGAAUGCUGCCAGCAAUGCAGAGGCUGUAUCCAUUCUGGUGUCCGGUAUGAUCACAGAGCCAAGUGGAGGCCAGCAGAGAACCCCUGUGACGUCUGCUCCUGUUUGGAGGGUCAUGUUCGCUGUGAGAGGGAGCGGUGUAACACCCCAUGUAUAAACCCAGCUGCUCCUCUACCCAACACCUGCUGUCCAGUUUGUCAAGGCUGUGGUGUGAACGGUCAUGACGUCCCUAACGGCGCUGUGGUUCCUACUGGAGACCAUUGUCAAGAGUGUACAUGUGUGAAUGGAAAUGUGACUUGUUCACCCCUUCCCUGCCGUGCCAUGUCUUGUCAAAACCCUGUCCGUCGUGCUGGAGACUGUUGCCCACGGUGUGAGCAGUGUGAAUAUGAAUCCAAAGUGUAUGUGGAUGGACAGAAGUUCCCCUCCAGGAGAGACCCCUGCCUGCACUGCCGCUGCUCUGCAGGUGAAGUGUCUUGUGAGCGUAUGGAGGCGUCAUGUCCCACACCACGCUGCAGUCAUCCAGCUAAGCGCAAAGGAGAGUGCUGUCCCACAUGCGAAGAAUGUGAGUAUGACCGGAGGGUGUAUGCUGAUGGAAAAGCAUUCACCCCUGCUGGAAGUGGACCCUGCCUGCACUGCAGGUGUAAGGGUGGGAAUGUGAUUUGCCGUGAAGAGAAGUGCCCUCCUGUCCAAUGCUCGAACCCUGUUAUAGACCCACAUCUCUGCUGUCCAGUCUGCAAAGCAUGUGUGCAGCACGGGGUGGAAUAUGAGGAAGGCUCAAACUGGCACCCUGAGGGUCCCUGCUCCAGCUGCACCUGUAUGAAUGGAGAGACCUUGUGCACACACACACGCUGCCCCUCCACCGACUGCCUGCAUCCCACCAAGAUCGCUGGCUCCUGUUGUGCAGUGUGUGAAAGCUGCACCUAUAACCAUCGCGUCUAUAGCAACGGCCAGAGGUUUACGACCCCUGAUCAGCCCUGUCACAUCUGCACCUGCCAGCAUGGCAGUGUAGAGUGCGAGAGAAGACCAUGUCCUCCACUCAACUGUUCCAACUCACACACACCACCUGGAGAGUGCUGUCCUAAAUGUCCAGACUGCUCCUUCGAAAACCGUGUAUUUGUGGAUGGAGAGGCUUUUCCUAACCCCGUGAGUGUGUGUGAGGAGUGCAAGUGUGUGAGCGGGACGAUUGACUGCCACCAAGCACAAUGCCCUCAUCCUCACUGUAACGCCCCUCUGCCGGGAACAUGCUGUCAGAACAACUGCAAUGGCUGCAGCUAUGCUGGGAAAGAAUAUCCGAAUGGACAGGAGUUCCCUCAUCCUACUGACAGAUGCAGGACAUGCAGCUGCAUAAAUGGCAAUGUCCAGUGUCUGAUGAAGAGGUGUCCACCGCUGCCGUGCUCCAACCCAAAUGUGCAGCCUGGAGACUGCUGCCCCCAGUGUCCUGCUCCUCCAUCGGACUGUGUGUAUGAACAACGACGCUACAGACACACUGAGCGUUUCUACCACCCGUCUGACAGCUGUCGAUCAUGUGCCUGCACGGAUGGGACAGUUCACUGUCAGCGCAAACCCUGCCCCUUCGCUGCAUGCUCUCACCCCAUCACACAGGAGUGCUGCCGGACCUGCGAAGGCUGCCUUUACAAGGGGGAAGAGCGAGCAAACGGGGAGACGUGGGAUGACGCGUCAGACCCGUGUGCGGUGUGUGUUUGCCUUGAGGGCUCCGUCCAGUGCGAGAGGAAGCGCUGCCCACCCUCCAACUGCAAGCACCCAGUCCAGAGGCAGUGCUGCAUGUCGUGUGAUGGCUGCAUGUUUCAUGGUAAAGAAUAUCUUGAUGGCACCGAGUUUGGUGAUGACAAAGACCCCUGUGGCGUGUGUUACUGUUACGGAGGGGAGGUUGUCUGCACAAAGAUACCCUGCUAUGGAGAUUGCAGCCACCCGUACAAACCACCCGGACAAUGCUGUGGAGAAUGUGACCGCUGUUUCCAUAACAGUGCAGUCCUCCUGAAUGGACAGUCGAUCCCUGACCCAGGAAACCUCUGCUCUGAAUGUACCUGCCAGAGCGGUUCAGUGCGAUGCAUGAAGAAGUCGUGUCCAGCAGCCCGCUGUCCUCACCCAGUCACUGACCCGUGUGGCUGCCCUGUCUGUGAUGGUUGUCAGUUCCAAGAUGUGACUUAUGUUGAUGGACAGAUCCUUUCAGGAGGAGAGGGAGGAUGCCAGGACUGCACAUGCUCAAGAGGUGAAGUGGUGUGUGAGCAGCGGAGAUGCCCUGCCGUGUUGUGCCCACACCCGGCUCUGGAUGGCUGUGCGUGUGGAGUGUGUGAUGGAUGCAACUUCAACGGACGAGACUGUUUCAACGGAGAACGAUUCCCCCACCCUACAGACCGCUGCCAGCUCUGCUCCUGUCUGAAUGGUGGUGUGGCAUGCACCCAUGUGUCUUGUCCAAGAGUUUCCUGUGUGCGGCCAGCGACCCCUCGUGGGGAGUGCUGCCCUGUCUGCACAGGGAUUUGUGUUCAUCAGGGGACAGAGUAUGAGUCCGGCUCCUCCUUCACUCCGCCCUCUGAUCCCUGCUCGUCAUGCUCAUGUCUGAAUGAGGUGGUGAACUGUCAGAAGAGACCUUGUCCAGUCCAGUGCUCCCAUCCAGUCCCUUCAGAUACCUGCUGCCCCGUCUGCGACUCGUGUCUCUAUGAGGGUGUUGUCCACUCUCACAGUCACACCUUCACAUCCUCCUCCAACCCCUGCCAGCGCUGCACUUGUGUCAGAGGCACCGUCACCUGUGUGCCACUGGUCUGCCCUCCAACACCCUGCGUCCGACCAGUUACCAAGCCAGGACAGUGCUGCCCUGAGUGCACAGUGUGUAUGCUUGAUGGACAGGAGUUCAGUGACGGGCAGACAUGGACCCUGAGCUCAAACCACUGCUCCACCUGCACUUGUCAGGUGGGCGAGGUGCAGUGUGCGUCUCCCAAGUGUCCCAAGCUGCCUUGUAUGCAUCAGGUGACCGAUCCAGGAGCCUGCUGUCCUCGCUGUAGAGGCUGUGUGUACGGAGGAGAGGAGCAUACCGAAGGCAGCAGCUGGUUCGCAGACUCCACUCCCUGCAUGACCUGCAUGUGUGUGGACGGGGUGACCACCUGCUCUGAAGUACGCUGCCUGUCUCCCUGCGUCAACUUCAUCAGCGUGCCCGGAGAGUGCUGCCCUGUGUGUGCUGACUGUGUAUUUGAGGGCAGGGUGCACGGUCCCGGCGACAGUUUCCAUCCAGCCGAUGACCCCUGUCAGAUCUGCACUUGUGAGGUGAUGCCGGACGGAGAGCAACACCUGAGGUGUUACCGAAAGCAGUGUCCCAGCCUUGUGGACUGUCCGAAGAGCAACAUCUUCUUCUCUGGACCAGACUCCUGCUGUCCUGUCUGUGCACAGCCUCUCAGUAACUGCACCGCCGCACUGAUUGGCAAUGAGGUCCUGGCCACAGAUGACCCAUGUUUCACCUGCCAGUGCAAGGACCUGACGUGGACCUGCUUGCACCAGAUCUGCCACCCACUUACUUGCCCUCUCAAUGAACAGUUCACACCUCCGGACUCAUGCUGCCCUGUGUGUAAAGAAUGUGUAAUCGAGGGCCAGAACAGACGUGUGGCCAACGGCAGCAGCUGGACAGACAGCGAUGACGACUGUAUCACAUGCACCUGCAAUUUGGGCUAUAUUGAGUGCAGCAUUGAAGAAUGUUUACCAGCGGUUUGUCUGGAUGGACAGAAACAAGUGAAGAUUCCUGGGAAAUGCUGCUAUGAAUGCCAAGACUCAGGGGUGUCGUGUCUGUACCAGGGAACAGUAUAUCACUGUAACGAACAGUGGGAGGUGGAUGAGUGCACCAGCUGUUCGUGUGUGUCUGGAGACGUACACUGCCACAGUGAACGCUGCCCUCCCCUCACCUGUGCAACAGACGAGAUGCCAGCUAUUGUCCCAGGCUUGUGUUGUCCGCACUGCCUUCCUCGCCCAGCCACCUGCAUUGCCUUCGGAGACCCUCAUUAUCGCACCUUCGAUGGCCGCAUGCUGCACUUCCAGGGAGCGUGCACGUAUGUCCUGGCACAGGACUGUGAGGGUGGAGACUUCAGUAUUCAUGCCACAAAUGAUGAUCGCGGGCGUAAAGGGGUGUCCUGGACGAAAGAGGUGACUGUGUUUAUCGGCGACGUCACAGUGCAGCUGCUCCAGGACUGGGUCGUGAAGGUGAACGGUGAGGUUGCGACUUUGCCAUUCCUCAGAGAACCGUACAUCUAUGUAGAACGACAAUCCAACACCAUCUUACUCAACACUAACAUCGGGCUGAAGGUACUGUGGAGUGGUCGUUCACACCUGGAAGUGAGCGUGCCAGGCUCCUAUAAGGGCCACACCUGUGGUCUUUGUGGAAACUUUAACAACUACUACCAGGAUGACCUCCGAAUGCCCAGCGGACGAAUCAGCCUAUCAGAGACUGACUUUGGCAACAGCUGGAGGGUCACAAAUGGGAGCCACUCCCUCUCAUCCUGUCGUCCUGGAGAGGAUGUUGACCCGUGUAAGGACGCAGGCUACCAGGCCAAGAAGGGGGCUAACGCUCGUUGUAAGGUCCUGAAGUCUGCUGCCUUUAAGCCCUGCCAUCGCGUGGUGCCUCCUGAACCGUGGUACGGGGCCUGUGUGUACGACCUCUGUGCCUGCGGGGCCAAUACUGAUGAGUGUCUGUGUGACACGCUGGAGGCCUACGCCAGCCAGUGCCGAGAGGCUGGAGUCAUCCUGCAGUGGAGGAGCCCAUCACUGUGUGCUGUGGGCUGUCCACUGGAGAGGGGUUUUGUGUUCGACGAGUGUGGACCCCCGUGUCCCGUGACCUGCUUUAACGCGGACGUUCCACUGGGGGUGAUAGAGAGCCACUGCUUCAAGCCCUGCGUACCAGGCUGCCAGUGUCCCGCUGGUCUGGUUCUACACAACAAUUACUGCAUACAGCCAGAAAAGUGCCCCAAGAUCAUUCAUGGCAACCCCUCAUAAUGCUUGAACCGCUCACCUUCAAGAGGACACUUGUACCCACACACAUGCACUGCCACCUCUAAUAAUCUUCAAUCCUCUCAAGGACUCCACGAGCCUUCUGUUACUGUACACCCAGGCUGGAAAUGGAAAAACAUUCCAACAGAUGAACUUCCAUGACCUGUGGAUUUAACACAUUGACUGACAUGAAGUACUGCAUUUUAGUGUUUUUAUAAACAUUGUUAUGUUAUUUUAUGUAGCACUGAAUAUUUAUACUACACAAGAGUUUGUCAUUUUAAUUCCACAUGUUCAUUGAUAUCGUCCAAACCUGUUUCGUUUUACACAUUUAUGAGAUAUUGUCCACAGCCUUUAGAUUUGCUUAACAGUAUUAUUUAUUAUGUCUGACUGUACAUACAGUAAGCCACAUAAUCUCAGGUACUCUUUUCUUCGUCCUCCAUUGACACCAAUAAACAAAGGCUUCACUAA